AUGCCAUGGCCAAUCGUAGGUAACAUCCUUCAACUACGACAAGCUGAACGAUGGGAGGACAAGUUUGAGGAAUGGAAAGAUAAAUAUGGUCCGGUCUAUACCUAUUGGCUUGGCGAGAUCCCAUUCGUGUCGUUCAAUAGUUAUGAGAAGGUGCAUGAGUACUUUGUGAAGCAUGGUGAAGACUUUGCUGAUCGUCCCGAAGUGCCUCAAUUUGAUAUGCUGCUGAGGGGAGGACAGUUUGGCGUGGCAUUUACUUCAGGGCAUUUGUGGAAAGAUCAACGAAGAUUUGCCAUGAAGAUCUUGAACAAUUUUGGAGUUGGCAAGAAUGAAAUGGAACAAAACGUAGGUAUACCACUUAUGGGGAUUUUACUUUAACUUUUAAAUAUUUUCAUAUAUUUUUUAUCUAGUUUUUCAAAAUUUUAAAAUAUUUUUUUAGUAAACCUAUAAAAAUCUUAUACUUUACGAGUACGAGUUAAUUUCAGGUAAUAAAUGAAGUACAAUACAUGUUCGACGAGAUUGACAAAGGUAUAAUGACUAAUGCUAAGGAGAUCGAUCUGAUAAGAUUGACCAACAUGGCAGUGGGAUCAAUUACUAACAUGAUUGUUCUUGGCUACAGCUUCACCCAAAAUGUAAGAAUUUACUUUUCUUGGUCGCGUUUUUCACUGCGUAUUUUACAAUGACACAAAUAAAAUUAAAAAAUAUUUUCAAUUUUAGUGUUUUUUUAUAAAUCGUCUUUCAGAAAAAGGAAGAAGAGUUCUUCUACAUCCGUAAUCUAACCACAGAAGCUGUUGAAGUAGCUACGUCCGCCUUGUCCAACUUGGCCCUCAAUAACCCAUGGCUUCUCAGCCUUCCCUACCUUGGCGACAAUGGCAACAAGACUCUACGAUUGUUCAAAGAAAUCUUUGCAUUUGUCGACUCAAAAGUGCAAACUCAUUUGCGUGAAAAUGAUUAUACUCAAAUUGAACACCCCAAGGACUUCAUCGACGCUUUCCUCAUGGAGAAGAUUCGUCUAGAAGAACAAGGAGUAACAGAUCACUAUUACACUGUUCAACAGCUUCGUAAUGCUUGCUUUGACCUUUGGGUGGCUGGACAAGAAUCCACAAGUGCUACAGUACCAUGGCUUGUCGCCUUCUUAGUAAUGAAUCCGGAUGUUCAGCAGAAGUUGCAGGAUGAGCUGGACAUGGUGAUUGCCAGUGAUCGUAUGAUCACAACUUCUGAUCGAGCCUGUCUUCCUUACACGAACGCUGUCAUUAUGGAAGCACAACGAUGUGGGAAUGUGAUUGCUCAAAAUAUUCUACACGCCACCAGUAACGAAGUCAAUGUAGAAGGCUACAAUUUGCCGAAGCAAACAGUGACAGUGCCACAGAUCAGUGUGAUCAUGCAAGAUCCAAUCGCUUUUCCGGAGCCAAAGAAGUUCAAUCCGGAUAGAUUUAUCGACGAGAACGGACACCUUCGGUCGAUAAAAGAGUUUCUUCCCUUUUCGAUUGGAAGAAGAGUUUGCUACGGUGAGGGCAUGGCCAUGAUGGAGAUCUUCAACUUCACCGCCAACCUCUUCAACCGCUACAAAAUGUCGGUCGGGGAAAAGCUUCCGUCGAUGAAGAAGCUGGCUGGCAAUGCUACUGAAAUUCAUCCUUAUACUGUUAAGAUUCAACGACGAGUUCCAGCUUACAAUAACUGUUUCAUGUCUUGUAAACGAAGCUUUUCAAAUUAA